ACUAGCAGUAUUUCCGAGUCCAGCAACAAAAUCAUAGUUUGAAACAUGGCGAACUUAGCUGCUGCCGCUGCAGCUGCUGCAGCGAGAGAUCCCGCUGUGGACCGUUCUUUGCGUUCAGUUUUUGUGGGAAACAUACCCUAUGAGGCCACGGAAGAACAACUGAAAGAUAUCUUCUCAGAGGUGGGACUUGUUGUGAGCUUCAGGUUGGUGUACGACAGAGAGACUGGCAAGCCGAAAGGAUAUGGGUUCUGUGAGUAUCAGGACCAGGAAACGGCCCUUAGUGCCAUGCGGAACCUGAAUGGGAGAGAAUUCAGCGGUAGAGCUCUGCGAGUCGACAAUGCUGCCAGUGAAAAGAACAAGGAGGAGCUGAAAAGUAUGUGUUUGGGAACAGGUGCUCCCAUUAUCGAGUCCCCAUACGGUGAUGGCUGUAUUGCAGAGGAGGCUCCUGAGUCCAUCAGCCGAGCCGUUGCCAGCCUGCCCCCAGAGCAGAUGUUUGAGCUGAUGAAACAGAUGAAGCUUUGUGUUCAAAACAGCCCACAGGAGGCCAGGAACAUGCUGCUGCAGAACCCUCAGCUGGCCUAUGCCUUGCUCCAGGCCCAGGUGGUCAUGAGGAUUGUAGACCCAGAGAUCGCUUUGAAAAUGCUCCACCGCCAGGCGCCAGUCCAGCCCCUGAUCCCCGGCGGGCAGUCUGCAGCAGCCCCCACCUCCAUCCAGCCUCUUCCACAGCCCAACGUCCCCAUCUCCCAGCCUCAGCCCAUGCCCGGGAUGCACGUGAAUGGAGCCCCUCAGAUGAUGCAGCCCCCUCAGAUGGGGGGUGUGCCUGGACCCAUGCAAGGACAAGGCCCAGUGGGGCCAGCAGGAGGGAUGCAACCGCAGAUGGGAAUGCCCCAGGGCGGCCCUAUGGACAGGGGACAAGUGCCCAUGUCUGACCCUCGGGCGCCCAUGCGGGGCGGUGUCCCUCCUCCUGGCCCCACCGGCGUUCCCCCCAGGGGCCUGCUGGGCGAUGGACCCAACGAUCCCCGAGGGGGGACGCUGCUCAACGUCACUGGUGAUGUGGUGGAGCCCAGCCGUGGCUUCAUGGGGGCUCCACCACACCAGGGCCCACCUAUGCACAUGGGACCUCCAGACAUGCGAGGGCCACACGACAUGAGGGGCCCGCCUAUGGGCGAGCCCAGGGGCAUGAUGGGAGAACCCAGAGGACCAAUGAUGGACCAACGAGGCCCGCCAAUGGAGGCAAGAGCACCAAUGCCAGGAGGUCGUGACCCCAGGGCAGUGGACGCACGGGGCCCUCCGGCAGGGCAGAGGGUCCCCAUGUCCAGCGGUAUGUCUGGGCCAGCACCACACUCAAUGCAGGCUGCCGCCCCACCCUCCAGCAGACAGGGUCCUGGUAUGUCUGGAGCGCCUCCGUCUGGAGGGUUCAGUCCGGGCCAAAGCCAGGUGUCGUCUCAGGACCAGGAGAAGGCUGCCCUGAUCAUGCAGGUUUUGCAGCUUACCCCAGAACAGAUCGCCAUGUUGCCUCCAGAGCAAAGGCAAAGUAUCCUCAUCCUAAAAGAACAGAUUCAAAAGACUGCUGGAGCACCCUGAGGGGUGUUAUGCAAUUCAACAGACAUUGAAUCCAUUUUGUAACAUCCAGGGAGACACCUUUACUUCCUGAUUUUGGCUCCAAUAACAUCCUCAUCAAUGUACUAUUGUAGUGUGUUUUUGUUUCUUUUUUUGUAUAUUAGUCUUAUGGUUUUAGAUGGGAGUGUGAAGAGGAACGUUUGAGGUUCACCUCUGGGUCUUAACAGACCAGGACAGACAUACAACUCGUGCUGUUUGCGAAAUAACUUUCGUUUUGUCACUGGAAACUGUUCUCAGCUCUCUGGAGAUAAUUUUGUCAAUAAAAAGAGAAAACCAAA